GAGGACGACUCUCAGCUCGGCAUUCUACCUUGCAAAUCGUUUUCACGGAUCCUCGUUGCUGCCAUCACUCAGUUGAGAGCCAGUCCAAUUUGGGCAACUUCUAACUGGGCAGCAAAAGGUGUGCACACUCGUGUCUGCGAUUGAUGGCGUAGCGCCAAUGGUGAAGCCAUCUCAGGGACCGCCCGUGAAAGGCGAUGGCACAACGUGUAAUGCAGAAGCUUUGGCACCACUUCAGUCCGGCGCAGCGAACACUGCUGCUCGUCAACCUUGCCUCGAUCACCGAGAAGGCCGAUGAGGCGCUCCUCCCAGCUGUUUUCCAAGAAGUCAGCCAGGUCUUCCACUCGAGCCCGUCUGCCCUGGGCACUCUGACAUUCAUUCGGGGGCUGGUGCAGGCUGCCACGUCCCCCCUCGCCGCAUACCUCGCUCAGCGCCACAACCGGUGCCACAUCAUCGGUCUGGGCGCAAUCUGGUGGGGCAUUGCGACUGCAGCUGUGGGGCUCUCCUCCACCUACUGGCAGCUCGCCCUAGCCCGCGCCAUCAAUGGAGUGGGCCUGGCGGUCGUGCUGCCGGCGAUCCAGUCGGUGGUGGCAGAUGCGAGCACAGAAGCGGAGCGGGGGGCGGGCUUUGGCUGGCUGCAACUCACCAGCAACUCAGGGGCGAUCGUGGGUGGUGUGUUUGCCACUCUUCUGGCUGGGACGGCGCUGGGCCCUAUUGCCGGCUGGCGGCUUGCCUUCUUUGUUUUGGCCAUCAUCAGUGUCAUCCUAGGCGUGGCGGUCUACGUGUUUGCGGUGGACCCGCGAGACGUGAACGAGUACUCAAGCAUACGUGCCCAGCUCGAUGACGAGGAUGCUGACGUGGCGCGACCCCCUGCUGACGCCAGCGUCAAGGAGAGCCUGACGGAGCUGUGGGCGGGGGCGAAGACCGUCGUGUCUCUUCGAACUUUCCAGAUCAUCAUUGCUCAGGGCACGAUCGGCAGCUUCCCAUGGAACGCCAUGGUGUUCUACACGCUGUGGCUGGAACUGGUGGGCUACUCGCACGGCGCGGCCGCGGCGCUGGUGGCGUCUUUUUCGGUGGGCACGUGCUUCGGGGGGCUGUUCGGCGGAUACCUGGGGGACUACGCUGCCCGCAGGUUGCCGAACUCUGGCCGCAUCAUGUGCUCGCAGUUCUCGUCGGGCGUGGCCGUUCCGCUGGCCCUGCUUCUGCUGCACCUCAUCCCGCGGAAUCCGGCGCUGUGGUACGCGCACGGCGGCACGCUGUUCUCCAUGGGCCUGCUCAUCUCGUGGAACGCGCCGGCCACCAACAACCCCAUCUUCGCCGAGAUUGUGCCGGAACACUUGCGCACCUCCAUUUACGCCUUCGACCGCUGCUUCGAGACGGUCAUCUCCGCCUUCGGCUCCCCCGCGGUGGGCUUCGUAGCAGAGCGCCUUUACGGCUACAUCACGGACGACCCCGCUGACCUCAGAGGCCCGUCCGCGGCCGCCGAGCGCGCUUCCAACGCGCGCUCCCUGGCGAACGGGCUCUUCACGACCAUCGCCAUCCCGUUUACCAUCUGUUCCCUGACCUACACUUUGCUGUACUUCACGUACCCGAAGGACCGGGACAAAGCCCGCGCGCAGGCCGCGGAGGAGGGCCCCGUCGAGCUGGAGAUGAGCUUUCCCGAGGGGGAGGACGGGGGGGUGCGCGAGCAGACGCGGCUUCUGCCGGAGGAGGAUGAUCUGGAGGGCAGCCCGGCGGUCAUGCGGAUGGCGGAUGGGGAGCCGGUGGAGCUGAAACAAGUCGUCAGGAAUGGGUUGGUGUGGCAAGGAAAUGGAGAGGCUGAAAAGGGAUUGUCCAUAGCGGAAAAGGAGGUGACGCGGUAUGGUCAUGACAGAUGACGAGAUUGGAGCUCAUAAAGCAUGACCGAAUCGGCCCACUUGUGUAGACGGGAAGUUCUGUCACUGUAAGAGAGAGCCGGUGUGUCUGCUACGGCUCUCAAUUUUGUGCCAAUCGUGCAGUUGCGCAUUGGGCAUGAAUCAAGCUGUGCGC